UAAACACACGGUGGAUUCUCCAGGUUCCCGCUACACCUUGCCAGCUUCACCACGCUCCCUGGGCUUCGUGUAGCUCCUGCUGGCUUCCUCCUCAGCACUAAUGGCGGCGUAAAUGUGCAACUGGCGAUGGUAAACACAGCUGAGGACGAGAAGUAAUACUAUCAGGCUCGCGGGAUGGGAUUUCCAACUUGACUGGGAUGGUGCGGAAGUUCUGGGAAGAUGGCAUGAGAGGAUAUGAGAAGACAACGCAGAAGCGAGUGUGUUGGUUCCUCCCUGGCCCGUUCUGCAGUGAAUCCUUCCGUGUGACGCUAAGGAGAAUAACCAGGGUGUGUUGUGCGUGCGUGUGAGGAACAGAGGGCGAGACCAGUGACAAGACAUCAGUGAGUGACCGCAAGACCGUGCGCUGUGUUUAUCGUUGUUGCUGGUAGGAUGACGAUGGGAGGGGAGCACACCACACACGGCUCCGUCAGCCGGGAUGCCCAGCAGUGGGUGGCUGACGGCGCUCACUAGACACUUUGCCCGCACGCCGGAACUCUCCCCUGCCCACGCCACGCAGUGCGGCCCGGCGGGAGGGAACGGCGUCUCCACCGUCUCCACACACCUGCCCGCAGAGGAUGGCACCCCUGUCGCCCGCAGCACGCCCACUCGCCCCACCACGCCCUGGAGCCUCGACACCCUGGACGAAGAGAUACAGAGGACAGAACAAAAGCAAGAGGGGAGUGGGGCCGCCGGACGCCGCUCCAGCCCAACCUCGCCGCCCAAAGACGCCACUCAGUCCACGCCCAUCACCCACUACCACUACCACGCCCACCCAGGCGAGAGUGACGUGCGGGACCUGAGCCUGAUGGAGGAGGCCGCCUCCCAUCCCCCCCGCCCUGCCUCGGCACCCAGAGCAUGCCGCCCCCCUUCCGCCACCUCCCGUCCACCUUCCGUUGCUUCCCGCCACUCCACCCCAGUCCACCCGACCCAGCAGGGCCAGGCCUCCCCUCCCUCCGACCCCGCCGCCGUGCAGCUUCCAGCGCAGGUCGAGGAUCCACAAGAAUGGGCGGGCGAGGACGGGACGGAGGGACGGGGCCAUUACUACAUCCCGCCCGUCAUCCCGCCACUGUUUGACCGCCCGCUGGCCGCCCCGACGCCCGCCUCCACGCGCUGCAACACGCCCGUAUGGGACCUGGACGGGGAGAAGAGGGUGCGCUUCCUGGAACCCGAGGUUGUGGCCCAAGAGGCGCCCUCCCGCCCCGAUAGCGUCUCCUCGCAGUACUCCCACAUCGUGAAGAACUCCACCCGCUAUGCCUUCCAGCCGUCCCAGCCGCUGACAGCCGAGCAGGGACCACACAACCCUCGCUUCUGCAACUGCCCCUGCCACUUCCUACCCAUCGGCCGGCGGAGUGUGGGCGUGCAGGUGAAGCGGACAGACCCUGAGCCACCACGCCCACGCCAUUACCGCCUCUACUUCACACCCACCACCCGAGGCCUGCAGCAGGGCAACAUAGGAACCAGAUCCCUCGCCCUCGCCUCCCGCGCCCUCUUCUCACAGGUGGGUCUGGUGGUGGUGGUGGUGGCGUGGUGGGUGGCGGGGGCAGCUGUGUUCUCUCGUGUGGAGGGCGCCGCCGAACACGAGACCGUCAGUAAGAUGGCCGAGCUGCGGACUGACCUGGUGCUGGGCCUGGCCACGGAGCUGCGCCAGGUGUUGCCGUAUGACGUGGUGUGGCGCACUAAGAUCGAGACCUACAUGGGGAAGAUGGAGGCUGCGGUGCUGGACGCGGCACGAGCUGGCUACGCCUCCCGUGCCCCCACCUGGACCAUGGCUGGUGCGCUACUCUACUCCGCCUCCCUCACCACUCUCGUAGGUCCUGGAGGCAUGACGUUGCGGACAGGCUUCAGCAGGGUCUUCGCUGUGCUCUUCUCCUUGGUGGGUGCGCCCCUCGUGCUCCUGCUGGCUAUCAGCGGCGCUUUCACCGUUCGUGAAGGCGUGGGAAAGGCAUGGGCGUGGCGAUGCGGGCGUGGACGGCAAGGCAAGGUUGGCGAGAGCGCUGUGGUAGAAGGCAGGACUGGGCAGUACGGGGGCGGCGCGGCGCCAGAGGGCGAGGCAGCCGUCAGACCUGCCAGUUCCUCCAGCUCCGCCCGCACCACCCCCAAUGGCCCGGGGGAGCUGGCGUCGCGUGUCUCUGACAAACAGAAGUCAGAGAUGCACCAGGCCUCCCGAGUGCCCGCCCUCGACUCCACCCUCAGGUCCAGCAGUCUCUCCACGCCGCGGGACAGCGAUCAGAGCAGCAGUGGCUCUCCGCCCGCGCAGGACAUGCCUCAUUACGUAUCAGCAGGCGGCGAGCAGUCCUUCGUGGGCGUGAAUCCUGCCCUACAGAGGCGAAUAGCCAUGGGUCCCCGCCGCCAGAUACCACCACGGCGAGGCCAGAACCCCGUGCCGUGGGCUGUGUACCUGGGCCUGGUGGUGGCAUACAUCGUGUUAGGCCUGGUGGUGUUUGCGCCCAUCCAGCGGUGGUCGCUGCCCUCUUCGGUGUACAUCGUGGUCAGCACGCUGCUCACCCUUGACCACGACGGCCUGGGGGAGCGGCACCUGGUGGGCAGCAGUAAGGUGGUGGUGCCCUACGUGCUGUACAUGCUAGUGGGCCUGGUUUUGGUGGCAGCGCUCGUCAUCAGCGUGUGGUCCUCCCUGUGUGCCUCGCUGGUUACCACCGGCAAGUACCUGGCAGUGGUCAGGCCCACGCCCAGAUAACACCACUCGUCACCCCGCACAUGGUUUUGUUACUGGGUUUGUACGGAUUUUUACAGGGCGGCGGCGGGGUGACGGGGAGGCUGCCGCGCCCGACGCAACCACCAGGAAAGAUUGUAACUGUCCUGGACAAAUAUUUCCAUAUAAAAUGACUCGAGACGUU